AUGGACCGCCGGGAGGCCCUCAAGUCCGCCACGGAGCUCUGCGCCCCGCUGCUCGAGCGGGGCGGCGAGGAGUUCCUGGUGGCUGCCAGCGCCGACACCCUGGCGGGCGUCCUUCGGGAGCACGCUUCGGAGAAGGACAUCUCGCUUGAGACCCUGUUCGAGCAGAUCGGAGGCACGUCCGAGGAUGCCUUCAAGACGUGGCUCGGCAAGCUGCCAGAGGCACUGGGUCGAGACGAGGUCGACUUUACGGAGGCGAGGAGGGCGGCGAUCUUCCAUCACUUGGACUCCGCAAAGGGCGGCAGCCUCACCCUGCAAGUCGGGAUGCGUGCCGGUGUUCACGCUGCUGGCUUGAUUGUGCUGCGCGUCGCGCUGUUGCCCAUGGCUCGUCCAUCAUUGCCGCCGCUGCGCAUCGACAACACGGGGCCGCACACCCGCUCGGCUGCGCCUCAGGACAUGUUCACGCGCCGCUUCGUCUGCGUCAAGGGCCUGGCCGUGACGGAGGCGUUCGAGUUCCGGGCCGAUCCCCGCGGCCAGCCGGCCGCCUUCCCUGCGCCCCUCGACCCAGCGGCGGGCAGCGGCCGGCCUCUGGACUCGUGUGUCCGGUUCAAGAAGGGCGCUUUGGAUGACGAGCAGUUGAGGACCCACGAGGGCUUCUGGAAGGCCGCCCACGACCCGAUCUCGAUGCGGUUCGAUGCGCUGGCGGAGGCGUACGGCGAUGUCGACGCGCUCGCGAAGCUGGUGCACCAGAAGGGCAUGGUCCCCGACUUCGGCAAGCGGGCCGCGGACAUCGUGCGCCUGGCGUCCGAGGCGGCCGCCGCCGCUGGCGUGGGCGCCGAGAGUGCGGAGCAGGCGCUGGACCCUCCGCUGCGGGCCCUCUUCCUGAUGCAGCUGCAGACCCUCCUGGCCCGGGCAGCGGACGUGUACGACGCCCAGAUGGCAAUGCGGCCGAAUCCGCUGCAGGCGAGCCUGGCGGCGAAGCAGACCUUCCUGGACGGUGUAUCAGGGCUGGUGCGGCCCGGCAGCGGCUGGGACAGCGAGGGCGCGCUCGAGGAUUUGGUCGGCAGGCUGGAGGAGAGCUACAGGUCCGACAGCCAGCUCGUCAACGAGCAGGCGAAGCAGGGCACCGGCAAGCAGGUCACCAUCGAGGUCAUCAGGAAGCUGCAGCAGCAGGCGGCCUCGGUCCUGCGCGAGGCAGACACGCGCGGAGCCUUCCCGUGGAACGUGAAGUGGCAGUAUUUUGUGGAGAACUCGCCGCUCGGCUUCCGCGGGUCGUACAGCCAGGGCCGAUCCGUCGUCGAGCUCCUCCUGAUGCCCGACCCGCGCCAGAAGAAGAACAUCUUGAACCGCAUCGGCCCGCUGAACCUUGCAGGAUGUUGCGUUUGA